AUGUGCUCUCAGCACAAAUUUAUCCAAGAAUUCAUGAAACAAUCCAAGAAGCUUGGAAAGGUUUGCAGCCAGAAGGAACUACGAAUCAAAUACCAGUCAGAAUCAGCAUGUUCCUGUCUUCCAGAAAAAAGGAAACACAGCAAAAGGUUUAAAACCUUUAGGACCUUUAAAUCCUCAAAGGGAAAAGGCCGCCGCUCCUUCAAGUUUCUAAGGAGGAAAUGCUCUUUCAGAAAAAAGUCUGAUAGAUGUUUCAUCUGUGGUGAAAAGGGACAUUAUGCCAAACAAUGCCCCAAAGGGAAAACCACCAAACUGAUCUCCCACAUUCAACAAACAACGGGCAUAUCUCUCGAAGAGAAUGAUCUAGAAUCCAUCUUCUCUACUGAUGACAAGAUCAAUUCAGAAUCCCUCUGUGCAUUCGAACAACAGAAGACCCCAGAUGAAUUCUACCACAUGGCAGCUAUCAAUACAAUACAACCAUCGCCAAUCAUCUCCAUGCAGAUCCUCCCUACAAAAUAUGCUCGGCCAGUCAGAGUAGUAGCCUUCUUCGACAUAGGAGCAUCAUACACCGUGAUGAACCCUGAUGUUCUCCCUCCAGAAUAUUGGAAGAAAGAAAAGCAAUUCUUCCACGAUGCAAACGGAAGCAUCUUCUGUACAGAGCUCAUCAGUAAACCAAUCAAAUUACAGUUCUUCCCAGAAUGCUCUAUCAUUCAUAGAGUAAUUGGCUCAAAAUUACCAGGGAAAGAUUUAAUUAUUGGUUUUGAUGUCUACACUAAGAAAAAGGGUUUGAGAAUCCUUCCUGGUGGCCUUGGUUACAAACAAAAUUUUGCUCCAUGGGAAUCUAUACCAAACUAUUUUCUCAUGCCUCCUGUUUCAUUCUCCAAAGUUAAACAAAGGCUCGUAGAAAAUUCUUGUGCCACAAGUCAUGCUGAAUUCCUCCAGAAAUGUGAACACCCUCUUUGGAAAAAUCAUCAGUUCUUCAUCAAUUUACCAUUUAAGCUCAAUGAAGAUGUUAACCCUACCAAGGCAAGCCACCUAGGCAUGAACCCAGAGCAUCAGAAGAUGGCAACUGAGGAGUGCAAAGAACUACAACAACAAGGACUAAUCGAACCAACCACCUCUUCAUGGGCAUGUCAUGCCUUCUACGUCAACAAGAGAUCAGAACAGGCCCGAGGGAAACAGAGGCUGGUCAUCAAUUAUAAGCCUCUGAAUGAAUUUUUGGCUGAUGAUAAAUUUCCCCUACCAAAUAAAAAUUCCCUAUUUUCAAGCCUGUCAAAGGCCCAAAUAUUUUCAAAAUUUGACCUCAAGGCAGGGUUUUGGCAGUUGGGUAUUAAAGAAGAAGAUAGGCCCAAAACGGCAUUCUGCAUUCCAAACCACCAUUAUCAAUGGACUAUCCUUCCCUUUGGUCUCAAAACAGCUUCAUCACUGUUCCAAAAGGCCAUGACUAAGAUCUAUGACCCUAUUCUAGAUAAGGCCCUAAUCUAA